AUGGGGAAAACUGGAAAAAUAAGGAGUGGUGGAGCGGCACAGCGGAACUGUGAAUGGGCCUGGGGUGUGGAUGGAAAGAAGCCUGUCGAGAGCGGCCACGAGCCUGUAUCAUGGCUAGAGAGUCCAGAGAGGAUAGAUCAGAACCGCAGAGCCAUGGAGGAUGAUGACACAUCCAGACCUCAUUCAACAUACUCACACAGGACUGAGGAUGGAGCCUCCGCCCUGGGAAAUCAUACUGACGAUCACCUCACGAUCAGUCAGACAGUCUUGGUGGUUGGUAAGCGUUCAGAAAGCCCCAACCCGAGCUUGACCGAAGAGACGAUAUGCGUCCCCCGACUGGUGUCCUCAGUAGAUGCAUGCACCAACACAGACCCUCCAUAUAAAUGGUGCCCUUGGCUGCGCCGAUUAUGCCCCUGUCCACCCAGAGGCCUGCUGGCCAGCAUAAUCACCAAAGUGAUCAUGGCUGCAGUACUCUUUGGGGUUGUGUGGUCCAUCACAGAGAAAGAAUGCCUCCCCGGAGGGAAUCUCUUCGGCAUCGUAACAUUGUUCAUCUGUUCAGUGGCCGGAGGAAAGCUGUUCGGACGCAUUCGUUUGCCGAAACUACCGCCAUUACCUCCUCUGCUUGGUAUGAGAUGUUCUGGAAUCGAUCACCUCACGAUCAGUCAGACAGUCUUGGUGGUUGGUAAGCGUUCAGAAAGCCCCAACCCGAGCUUGACCGAAGAGACGAUAUGCGUCCCCCGACUGGUGUCCUCAGUAGAUGCAUGCACCAACACAGACCCUCCAUAUAAAUGGUGCACUUGGCUGCGCCGAUUAUGCCCCUGUCCACCCAGAGGCCUGCUGGCCAGCAUAAUCACCAAAGGUUAG